UUGAUGUUGAAAAAGAAAUUGAUGUUACUACUAAGUCAAAUCAAAUGAGAAAAUUCAUUUCUUGUGAGAUUUAUUCUACAGAACAAAGUUAUUUAAGUCAUUUAAAAGAUCUAAAAAGGAUAUUCAUGGAUCCAUUUAUCGAUGCGGCUCAACAACCUAAUCCGCUAGUUAAUCCUGAUGACAUUGAAACAAUCUUUGCUCAUAUAAGUGACCUUAUAGUGUUAUCUACUAUAAUUGUAGAAGAUCUCGAAAGUGGCAUGGAUCCAUGGCAAGAAUCUGAAUCAAUGGUUGGAGAAGUAUUUUUAAAAUACAGACCUUAUUUUGAAACAUUAUUAUUAUACGCAGAGAAUCAUGAACAAAGUAGGAUGGCAAUUAAACGUGCAAAUGAAAACGUUUUAUGCCGAAAGUUUAUGCAGUCAUUAAAAAAACCAGAAACGAGUCGCCUCAACCUUUCUGAUUAUAUGAUAAUGCCAAUACAACGUGUUACGAGAUAUUGCCUUCUACUUCAAGAGUUAAAGAAAUAUACACCGGAGUGCCAUAUGGAUUAUGACGAUCUAUGUCACGCAGUAGAUAAUAUGAAGACUCUUGCCCUUCAAUGCGAUAAAGCUAUUCAACAACUGUGA